AACACUCCGCUCGAUGGUUCGUUCACGAGCCACACCUGGAUAAAUGGAACGUUGUACGGUAACGUCGUUAUGUAAAUUCCCUUGGGAAAUCUUCAUGGUUUUACUGCGCCCUACAGAUGAAAAUCUAUGUGUCUCCAUUACGAUACGAACUGCAACUUUCCCGGCGGAGUUUAUGAUCCUUUCUAUAUAAAGUCAUUUUGAAGUAUCGCUGAAAGUGAAGAACACUCCAGAAUUUUACCUGAGAUCUCAACCAACAGUUGAAAUAGUUUCUCGCACUAAUUAUUCCGUAAUAACUUUGGUCAGGGAGGUAGAUUGUGAGUCAGUCUCACAAUGAACUGGGCAUUCCUCCAGAGCCUCCUCAGUGGGGUGAACAAGUACUCCACGGCGUUCGGCCGCGUGUGGCUGUCUGUUGUCUUCCUCUUCAGGGUCAUGGUGUUUGUCGUGGCAGCCGAGAAGGUGUGGGGCGAUGAGCAAAAAGACUUCACGUGCAACACGGCCCAGCCUGGCUGCCACAACGUCUGUUACGACCACUUCUUCCCUGUGUCCCACGUCCGCCUGUGGGCCCUGCAGCUCAUCUUCGUCACAUGUCCCUCUCUCCUGGUGGUAAUGCACGUAGCCUACAGAGAUGAACGUGAGCGUAAACACACACUAAAAUACGGUGAGGGCUGCCAGAAAAUCUACAUGAACACCGGUAAGAAGCGCGGGGGGCUGUGGUGGACCUACGUCCUGACCCUGGUCUUCAAGAUAGCUGUGGACGCCACCUUUGUGUAUUUAAUCUACCAUAUCUACGAGGGCUAUGACUUCCCCUCCCUCAUCAAGUGUGAGCAGAAGCCCUGUCCCAACAAGGUGGACUGCUUCAUUGCUCGCCCCACUGAGAAGCGGAUCUUCACCAUCUUCAUGGUGGUCACCAGUCUGGCUUGUAUCCUGCUCUCCUUCUUGGAGAUCCUGUACCUGGUCGGGAAACGCUGUAAAGAGGUCUUCACCCGUAUUAUGCACAAGAACUCACCCUCCUCCACCAUUCAGCCACGCCAGAUGGCCAUGGCUACCUCCCUGGUGGUUGGUGGCAAGAAUGGAAUGCAGUCCAACUCAUUAAAGCUGCCCUCAAUAAAGCUACCCAGCAAGGAUACCUCAGUCCCAUCUUAUAGCGUUGUCGUGUAUGCCUGAGGUAAAGACUGGAUAAAGACAUUAGAGACUGAAUGAGAGAAUGCAAAGAAGACAUGAGUAUGGAGGCAAUGGGAAAUAUCUUCCAUUUCUCUUCAGGCCCUCACUGGGCUAGAGAGUACCUCACUGCCAUUCAAGACUGUCUUCUCAUUGCCUGAGGUACAAUGGAACUGGAUGGCUCUUGACAUUCCUGGAUACAUUUUUUACCUACCAUUCUGUCAUUGACCGGGUAAUUAAACAAAUGAAUUAGUCACUUUAAAUAAAAUAUCCAUCAUUUACAGAGGAAAGUUUCACGCUAGGGCUGGGAAAUGUAAUGUAUUCUUGUGUUAUUUGUUUGCUGUCUACCACACCUCACAACUUUACCAGUGCUAUUUUUUAUGAAAGGACUCAACCAUUGCCACACUGUGCCCAUACCACUGCUGUUCUUAUGCCCUCGAGAAGUUGUUUUCCCUGUCUCAUCCUUCAUUACGAAUGGCAGAGACUGCAUCAGGCUUUGUUGUGAAAAAGAUGAAGCAAAGAGCAAAGUAUUUUCAGACAAUUAAAAAUAUGCAAUUUCUUCUAUGGACUUUGAGAGUAUUUUUCUGGUCAUACUGAUGUUAGUCCAUUAGAUAUGCACAAACAUGGCUUGAAAAAUUAGUAGGCUAUUCUGUGUUUAUGUUUAUUACAUUGUAUAUUCUAAAAUACAUACACUCUGCAUAAAGCCAGUAGAGAUGAUGAUUUUAGUGGGUUUCUGUAAGCUGUUGAGGAAACUGUGUAUCUCAAAAUACAUGGAUGUAAACAUAUUUGGGGAUAUUUAGUGUCUUCAGAAUGAGUUCAUACACUUUUUCUUGGUUCAUAUUGUGUUGUGUUACAACCUGAAUUCAAAAUGUAUUAAAUAUUUUUAUCUUU